CUAUUUAUUUCUUUAUGUUGUGUACAAGAACGCAGUACAAGUGGAGCUGCUAAAGAAACUGCUUGCCAAUGCCAUGGCGGGCCCGUCCGACGGCGAGGCCGACGGUUGGGUCGAGUUCUGCGAGCGUCAGGCGCGGGCCGCUGCUCAGGACUUCGCCAAGGCAUGCAUACAAUACAUACAGACCAAUACAAAUGACCCCGUGGUCCGCCCGCCCGCAACAAACAAGGAACUUAUGAAGAGAUUCUGUGAAUGUUUUUCCGAGCAAUUUGAGUUGGAAAUGGUCAAAUUAAAAGUUAUUCAUAAGAUACCCAACGGAACGCAUACAGGACACGAUGAAAGCGAUUACUCAGAAGAAAUGGACUCCCCUAAAACACAACAUAAACCAUUUUUCAGAAGGUUAUCUUUUAAAGGUCUAAGAAGAGGCAAAGGACUGUUCCAUAAGCAGCAUUCAGAUGAAGUAGAGUUAUCUACUAACCUAAAUAAACACAACAAGACUAAAUUAGCUAAGAUAGUUGUAGAAUGUAGGAAAGAGGGUUUGGUUAAUUACUUGACUCCAGAGAGCCUGGAACAGCCCGGGAGUCCACAGAAAUGGGAGAAAUGUAGACUGGCACUAGUGAAAACGGUAGGAGGUUAUAUGCUAGAAUUCUAUUCACCACCAAAAUCGCAGAAACCUAGAAGUGGUGUGUUUUGUUUUUUAAUAUCAGAGGCAAGGGAAACAACAGCACUUGAAAUGCCCGAUCAUGAAAAUACAUUUGUAUUGAAGGCAGAUAAUAAUAUGGAGUAUGUAAUAGAAGCAGAAGAUGUGGAUGACAUGAAAUCGUGGCUGGCCACAAUAAAGUACUGCAUGCGUUCGCCUCCUACUACUCAGCCACCGCCCGACGCGCUACCCGGAAUGCCUGAACCGGCACCACCUGAUCUGCCACCGCGACGCGACCUACCAGCCAGCACCAGUAAUCUAGAUUUGGCUACAGACACACCCGAGGAGGCUGAAUUAGGUUCAAUAGCGGAGGAGUCGUGCGAGGCCCCGCGCGUGUCGCUGACGGAGUGGCCGUGGUUCCACGGGACGCUGGCGCGCGCGGCGGCGGCGGCCUGCGUGCUGGCGGGCGGCGUGGCCGCGCACGGCUGCUACCUCGUGCGGCAGAGCGAGACGCGCCGCGGGGAGUACGUGCUCACCUUCAACUUUCAGGGUCGUGCCAAACAUCUCCGGAUGACGUUGAGCGAAACAGGCCAGUGCCGGGUGCAACACCUAUGGUUCCCCAACGUGCACGACAUGCUGGAACACUUCCGCGCCAACCCCAUACCGCUCGAGUCGGGCGGGGCCGCCGACGUCACGCUCACCGAGUACGUCGUGUGCCAGGACGGGACCAGACAACAACUGGGUGUCAGUCACGGUAGUGAUGUCCGAAUGCGCAGAGCCGAGUUGGAAGCCCUACUGGUGGCCAGCGGAGCCCACCACGAUGUACGAGCCGUGGACAAUCAAUACAGCUUCGUCUAACACACGUCAAUGUAUAGAGAAAUAAACACUAGUAGUGUACUAAAUAUAUUUUGUUGCAAACCAAAUAUGCCCAUUAAAGUGUAAAGAAAUUGACUUGGAACAGAACUCUACAAGAAAAGAGACAAAAUAUAAAUAGUGAGUGACUUGAAGGUAGUGGUUUAAAGUGACAGUCCCUUAAAAGGAGAAAUAACACAAAAACUUUAACGUACUUUUUCAGUUUGCAAUAUAUUGCUCUGCGAAUGUAUUGGCAUUUGUUGCCUAGUACUAUAAAUUGUAAAAUGAUUUAUACACGACACUAAAUUCAAGGCAAUAUCGGAACAGUAGUGGUAGGGGUAAUAUUGAAUUGGCGUAUUCGCCAAUUCAAUUUUACUUUAUCACUAUUGUGAUAAAUGGACCGACUUUAUCACUAUUGUGAUAAAGUCGGUCCGAAUUUAACUACAGACCAUCUAUGCACCGAUCCUUCUCACCGCUUCAGAUAUUGUGAAAUCGCUCCCAAUUUAUCAAGGUAACACACAAACUAAUCUAGAAAUAAACCCAAAGUGUUUCCCACCACUGCUCUGAUAUUGUAAAAUCAGUCUCAAUUUAGCUACACACGAGGCAAUCUAAGAACCGAUUCAGAAUGCUUCCCACUACUGCUCUAAUAUUGGCCCUAAGUUUAGUACUGUGUGUAAAUCAUUUGAAAUUGAUAUUAAGACGGUAUUAGUGUACGAUAUAUGAAAGUUUUUGGAUAUUUAAUUUUUUCUCAUUAAUGAGGGACGCUAUUCAGAUUAGUGUUUACAAAACGUAAAAUUAUUAUUACAGGGUUGGCUUGUAAAUUGUUUUGUAAAAGUUUGAAUUGAAAGCGUAAUCAUUAUUGAACAUUGUGUCGAAAAUAUUUGAAAUUUACAAUAUAAUAUAAGAUCAUUCCGUUAUACGUGAACAGUAAUUAUUGAAUAAUAUUUUAAAUAAUAACUUCGCACGUUGAUUUAAAAAUUAUAUUAGAUUUAAGUAUUAUUAAAACGAGAGAUUUUGUUAUAGGGACAGAAAACUCCGAAAGCACUGCAUCGAUUUGAGUAAUUCUUUCACUGUACCAUAUUAUAACGCCUGUUAUCCCUAAUAAGUCAGAGGCAUUGUCAAUUAUCGACGUCAUUCUGAACGCAAAACUUGACAUGCACAUUUCGCUGGGUAUAUUUAAAUCCCACGCAGGGAGCGAUU